CGGCGACUUAUCGCGGCGUUCUUGGGCUUCCUCGCGCUGAUCACACUACCACGUCCACAAUCAUUUACGCCAUUGCCGUCCACUCCAUUCAUCCACCAUGACCGACCAGGGCUAUGCCUCGUCCGGUUCUGGCAGCGGGCGUGUGUCGGGCAGCGAAGCAGGAGAUCGAAACGCUGUUGUGCUCAAGGUCGGCAUGGUCGGCGACGCUGGCAUCGGGAAGACGUCGCUGAUGGUCAAAUAUGUGGAGGGCAGCUUCGACGAGGACUACAUCCAAACACUGGGUGUCAACUUCAUGGAGAAGGCUAUCACGAUCCGCAAUACCGAGAUCACAUUCUCCAUUUGGGAUCUAGGUGGACAGCGCGAGUUUGUGUCCAUGCUUCCCCUCGUGUCCAACGAUGCUGUUGCGAUCCUCUUCAUGUUCGACCUCACACGGAAAGCCACACUCAACAGCAUAAAGGAAUGGUACCGGCAGGCGCGCGGAUUCAAUAAGACGGCUAUUCCAGUCCUAAUUGGGACUAAGUAUGACCUGUUUGCAACACAACCGCUUGAGGAACAAGAGGAGAUCACUAAGCAGGCCAAGCGAUUCUCCAAGGCUAUGCGCGCCCCGCUGAUCUUCUGCUCAACGAGCCACUCUAUCAAUGUGCAGAAGAUCUUCAAGAUUGUGUUGGCGAAGGCUUUUGAUCUCAAGUGUGUGAUUCCAGAAAUCGAAGAGGUUGGAGAGCCAAUCUUGCUGUAUAUCGACGUCUAGGCCGAAUCCGGGCCAUGUACCGCCACCCCUAAUGACUCAUGCCACCACAUUCGCUAUAUCCUGGCACGCGGUGCGCCGGCGUGCCUCCCCGGAGUACUCCGACACUGUCGCCGCCCCGUCCCCCCAUCGUCCCGCCUCGCGCAGCGCCACCGCACAGCACGCCACUCGUUGAGUUGAUACAGUAGAAGAUAUGCUACACGCCGUAGAAGGAGAUAGUGUUGGCACAUGGGUGGUUCACGCGGCCGUCAUGACCUCCAGACGCCAGACGCGACAUAUCACUGGGGAUUCAACAGCCAUCGCUAGUGACUUCUUUGAACCAAAUCUUGAGCUUGUUACGCGACAUCGUGUCGUGACAUGAAACAACUCGUGCGGGG